AUGAAGUUCUCUGCUGCUAUUCUCGCUGCUGCCGCCGCCACUGGCGCUACCGCCGAUGCUGUCUUCAACGUCCGCGACUUCACCGCCAGCUGCACUCCCCACAGCGCCAUCUACUCUUUCAACGUCAUCCAGCCCGGCACCAUGGACACUAAGGGCUACGAAUGCACCGCCACCCUCCCUGGUGCUGGUCCCGGCGAGCUUCCCGAGGUCAAGGCUGGCACCUGUCUUCCCUCUUCACGAACCUUUGACGUCGUCCGCAGCGACAAGGGAUUGACUCUCACCGUGUCCUCUCAGGUCUCGCCUAAGAGCUUCACCAGGGGCUCGCACCUCAUCCCCACCAAGGACGUCAAGACCGUCAAGGGCGACACCCCCACCGGCGAUGCCCAGGCUUAUGUCGGCCCCAAGGACUUCCCUCUUGAGCGCGUUGAUUAA